CUUGGCAAAUACAUCCCUUCGCACCUCACCCACUUCUCUCCAUACUCGACGACGUUCCGUUCCAUUCUGAAGGACAACAACCAAGCCGAGGACGAUGAGCGCCGCAACUGCUGCCCUCACGUCCACUAUUUUCGGGAAUCGAAAUCCGCGCAGCAGAGGAUGGAUCGAAACUCUCCACCCCAACGCCAGGAGGCCAUUCGUGAUGGAGGCCUCUGCUUCUUCCACCGGCAAGGAGAAGAAGAAGCAGCCCAAGGGGAAGUCCAAGCGGAAGCAAGUUUUGGAAGAGGAGAAGCCGAAAUUGGCGCCGGAAGAUAACGCGGAAGUGGCAGGAGGAGUUUCUGCACCUUCUGUUUCGGCGAUCAAAAACCGUUUCGACGAGGUGAAUCCCGUCGGUUUGGGGCGUAAAUCGAGGCAAAUCUUCGACGAAGUGUGGCGGAAAUUCUCCGAAUUAGGGCAGAUUUCGCGCACCACUCGGACGGACGACGAUGAGGCGCUUCUCCUCAGGGAGAGCGGGCCAAUGUGCGAAUUCGCCAUUCCCGGCGCGCAGAACACCACCGUGCUUGUCGUCGGCGCCACCAGCCGCGUCGGCCGGAUUCUCGUCCGCAAGCUCAUGCUCAGGGGUUAUACCGUCAAGGCAUUAGUGAGGAAAGCAGAUGAAGAAGUGUCGAAUCUGCUUCCGACUUCUGUAGAGGCUGUGGUAGGAGAUGUUGGUGAACCUUCGACGCUCAAAGAUGCCGUUGAAGGCUGUAACAAGAUUAUCUUUUGUGCCACAGCUCGCUCAACGAUCACUGGGGAUCUUAACCGAGUCGAUCAUCUCGGAGUUUAUAAUCUAACCAAAGCAUUUCAGGACUAUAACAAUAAGCUUGCGCAACUACGAGCUGGGAAAAGCAGCAAAAGUAAGCUUCUGAUUGCGAAGUUCAAGUCGCAAGAAUCAUUGAAUGGCUGGGAAGUUCGUCGAGGGACUUAUUUCCAAGAUGUUAUUGCUACUAAAUACGAUGGCGGAAUGGAUGCUAAGUUUGAGUUCACAGAAGAUGGAGAAGCAGUUUUCACAGGAUAUGUUUUCACUAGAGGCGGCUACGUUGAAUUGUCGAAGAAACUUUCACUUCCUCUUGGCUCUACCCUUGACAGGUAUGAGGGCCUUGUGUUCUCUGUUGGUGGAAAUGGAAGAUCAUAUGUAAUAAUUCUCGAGGCAGGUCCGUUGGCAGACAUGUCACAGAGUAAAAUGUACUUCGCCAGGAUUAGUACCAAAAGUGGCUUCUGCAGGGUUAGAGUACCGUUUUCUGCUUUUAGGCCUGUGAAGCCAGAGGAUCCACCACUGGAUCCAUUCCUUGUUCACACAUUGACCAUCCGAUUUGAACCCAGACGACAGAAGCCUACAGAAGGCCUGGUUGGGCCGAAACAGGAUUUGAGAAGCUUCCAGUUGAUUUUGGAAUAUAUCAAAGCUUUGCCUACUGGGCAAGAAACGGAUUUUAUCUUAGUCUCAUGUACAGGAUCGGGUAUUGACCCUGUUAGAAGGGAGCAGGUUCUAAGGGCUAAGAAGGCAGGGGAGGAUUCACUGAGGAGAUCAGGCCUCGGGUACACGAUCAUUCGCCCUGGUCCUCUAUUGGAAGAGCCUGGUGGCCAACGAGCUCUGAUAUUUGACCAAGGAAAUCGGAUAUCUCAGGGAAUUAGCUGUGCAGAUGUUGCUGACAUAUGUGUGAAAGCGCUGCACGACUCGACAGCGAGAAACAAGAGCUUUGAUGUUUGCUAUGAGUAUGUGGCUGAACCCGGUAAGGAGCUUUACGAGCUGGUCGCACAUUUGCCCGACAAAGCGAAUAACUAUCUAACACCAGCCCUCUCGGUUCUGGAGAAGAACACUUGAUGUAUGUAUUCGCGACGUAUAUAUAUAUUUUUGUCGAUUUUUUUGUUUCUUUUUCUACGUAAAGGUAUAUGUAUAUGUUGUAAUAUAAAUGUUGAAAAUUGAAUUGACUGCAAAGAAAUUUCAUUCUAUAGUGAGUUAUACAAGAA